AAAAAAAAAAUAUGAAACCAAAACAGGUAUUAGAAAUUUUUGCAGCCUUCCAAAAAAGAAAUGAACCAAAAUCAAUAGCUAUAUUAAGAAUUUUAGUAGCUAUUUUAUUCCUUGCUAUACUCAUUUGUUAUAUGUAUGUUCAAAUUGUUGAUGUUCGAUUGGAUACACCAAUAUUUUCUGUUAAAAUGCAAGAUACUAUUGAAGAAGAAGAAAUACCAAUGCCAAAUGUACACUUCGCUUAUGGAUUUCAAUUCAAUAUAAAUUGUCAAAUUAUUGGCCGAAUAAACAAAACAUCGUUAGAAGAUUGUGAACCAUAUUUACAACAACCAGAAUCUUCGUCAACUAAUGGGGGAAUAUAUGAAGGAGUAUUUGAAGCAAAUGGACUAAAUUUUACAAAAUUUGAUAUUGAAAAAAUUGAAUUUAACUUUACAAUAAUCGAUCCUAAUGUAAUUCCUUUAGAUGAUGAUUCAGAUAUAGGUAUUAAAAUCCAGAUUUUUGAUUCUAAAACGCAAGAUCCUUUAAAUAUGAAAAAUUAUAAAGAGGACAACAAUCAUGUUAAAAAUAGCAUCUUAUCUUUAACUGAUUUAAAUUCAUAUCACUUAUCUUCUCAUGAGUAUCAUAUAGUGGAAUUAUCAAGAAUUAAAAGAAACGUAGCAAAAGAGUAUUGGUGGAAUAUUUUAGGAAUACCACCUAAAUAUAUAUAUGAAACUUUUAUAAAUUCUCAGUUAGAAAGUCAUCCGUUACUUGAAGCUCUUAAUGCUCCAGCAAAUUCUUAUGCUAAAUUGGCUCUUAUAAUGAGAACUUGGAGAGUUCCAUUAGAACAAGAACAAAAGGCGAAAACGUUAUUUGACGCAGUUGGUCAAAUUGCUGGUGUAGUAGGAUCAUUAUCAUUCUUAUAUUCACUCUUAUUCGGUACGGGAUCAAAUGCGAUUCAAUCUUGGGGAAUCGUACAAAAAAUGAAAUGGUUUGGCAUUAAAAAAGGUGUAAAAAAACAUAUAAAUCGUCGUUAUCCAAGAAUGCCAUUUAUUCAUACAUCGGAAGAUGGUGAUAAUGAAAUAAGUAAUAAUAACGUAAAUGAUCGUGAUGACAUUAUAGAAAGAUUAGAUGCUGUUGAAAGAUUUCUUAAAGAAUAUGUUGUUGAUGCUGAUUUUUUAGCUCAAUUAGAAAAGUUAGAUAAAGAAAGUAAUAACAGUUUAUAAUUAUUAAGAAGUUGUAGGUUAUAAAGUCAUACAUGUUUGUUAAGGAUGUAUGUGUUUGAUAUCCGGUUGAUAUAUUAUCUAACGUGACAACACUUUUAACCUGCAAUCAGAUAUAAUUAUAUAUUAUUUUUUUUACUAUUAAUUAGUUAUUUAGCAUAUUCUCAAAAUUAUUAUAUAAAUCACGUUUAUUUUCAUCAAUUUCAAUUUAUAGUAAAAAAUUUGCAACACUUAUAAACUAUUACUAAUACUUUGAGCUGUAAAACGGUAUUCAACUUUCGGAUUUUAAAUUCAGUUUCCUUAGAUUCGAAUUAAAUUCGAAUAAAUGAAGGAACGGAUAUAAUAAAUCCGGUUUUACUUUG